GAACGAUCAUGGUGAUUGCUUUUGCUUUUGGUCGACUCUUCGACAGUUCUUUGCAGCUGGUCUAAAUUGAUUGUUGUUCUACCGUAGCGCUACGAUUUUUUUGCUAUAAAAUUUAUCUUGGUAUAAGUGAAUUUCUACUGUUACAUUUUUUAUAAUUCGUUUGUAUAAAACACAAAAGACAUUGUGUGUUUGUUUUACGUGACGUAACUGGAUUUCACUCGAAACGAAUAACUGUUCCUUCGCUUACGAAGGUCGUGUCGGAUGCGAAAGCUCUUCGCGUAACCGAUUGCGUACGACGCAAAGAUGUGGGAAGUGGACUCUGACACGGGGUCCCACAGCGCUUCGUCGGAUGGCUUACGACGACGGCAAGGAUGGGACCCCGAGGCCGAGAGUCUCGCUUCUCAGAUGGACGAGCUCGACGAGGUGCUCGCCGAGGAGGAGGAAGGAUGUCCGUUACCGUCUACGCCCGAAGAUCAACAUUUACUGGACGCGGAAAUGGCUGAAGUUUUGAAAGCUGGCGUACUCUCGGACGAAAUAGAUCUCGGAGCCCUAGCGCACAAUGCUGCCGAGCAAGCUGAGGAAUUUGUUCGCAAGGUGUGGGAGGCCUCGUGGAACGUGUGCCACUUCCGUCAUCUUCCGCGCUGGCUUCAGGACAACGACUACUUGCACAAAGGACAUCGGCCGCCGCUACCCUCAUUUAGCGCGUGUUUCGCGUCUAUAUUCCGCAUCCACACUGAAACCGGCAAUAUUUGGACCCACCUGCUCGGUUGUGUAGCUUUCAUUGGCGUUGCAAUAUAUUUCCUUACACGCCCGUCCAUAGAGAUACAGAUGCAAGAGAAAAUGAUCUUUGGUGUGUUCUUUAUUGGUGCUAUAGUGUGUUUGGGUUUUUCUUUUGCAUAUCACACUUUGUACUGUCACUCAGAAAUGGUAGGCAAGUUGUUCUCCAAGCUGGACUACUGCGGUAUAGCACUGCUGAUUAUGGGCUCAUUUGUUCCAUGGCUGUACUAUAGUUUCUAUUGUCAUUACAGACCGAAAAUCAUUUACUUAUCAGUUGUGGUUGUGUUAGGAGUAUUGUCUAUUAUAGUUUCAUUAUGGGAUAGAUUCUCUGAACCCCGUUUGAGACCUCUAAGAGCAGGAGUAUUUAUGGGCUUUGGACUUUCAGGGAUUGUGCCAGCGAUUCACUAUGGAAUAACAGAAGGUUGGUUUAGUCAGGUCAGUAAGGCAUCUUUAGGCUGGCUAGUCCUUAUGGGUUUACUUUAUAUUCUGGGAGCUAUGUUUUACGCAUUGAGAGUGCCUGAACGCUGGUUCCCAGGUAAAUGUGACAUUUGGUUCCAAUCCCAUCAAAUUUUCCAUGUGCUUGUUAUUGUGGCAGCUUUUGUACAUUACCAUGGCAUCAGUGAAUUAGCCUCAUACCGUGUGACAGUUGGAGAAUGUUCAAUGCCCCCAUCAUCUAUUGCAUUCUAGCCCAUACCUCACCAAUUGUGAUAGUAGACCAUAGAUAAUUUUU